GGUGGGCGCGGCUUGAGGUGAAACAGAUCGCAGCCGGAAAAACCGCUAUCAGCUAGCUAAUGUUAGAGCGCUACUUCCUCUUUCCAAAGCAGUCGUUGCUGACUCGUUUUGCUGCUGGGUUUGCAGUAAUAGAAGCAUCCGAUUCAAUGAGAACUUCUGCAGCAGAGGACAGGGGACACUCCCAGCAUUCACAGCAAGACUGAGAGAUUAAUCAGUUGCUGGACCAAUCACAAGAUGGACUAACCAUCAACACUCUCAUCGACCCCCCUCCCCUCCCCUGCCCCCUCCCCCCGACCCCUUAUCCCCCACCUGUUGGGCCUUUGGGGGCUGUCAGACAGCAGGCGCGAUGCCAGGCGGCCCACUAUGGCGCUUCGUGUCACCUUUCAGCACCCGCCAGGAGCGAGUGGUGCUGGCUCGCAGCGAGAGCCUGCCAGGAGAGCAGGUGCUAAAGAUCACAGUCACAGAGACUACAGUGAUCGAGGCGGAGUCAGGGGUGUGGAAUUGGCGCUCCAUGACCUACCUGAGCCUCUGGUACUUCUUCAGCUUCUGCACGUUGUUCCUCAACAAGUACAUCCUGUCACUGCUGGAGGGGGAGCCCAGCAUGCUGGGUGCUGUUCAGAUGCUCUCCACCACCGUCAUAGGCUUCCUAAAGAUGUUUGUGCCCUGUUGCCUGUACCAGCACAAGUCUAGAACCGAGUACCCCCCCAACUUCAUCAUGAUCAUGCUGUUUGUUGGACUCAUGAGGUUCACCACAGUGGUUCUGGGCUUGGUGAGCCUGAAGAAUGUGGCGGUGUCUUUUGCAGAGACAGUGAAGAGCUCAGCACCCAUCUUCACUGUCAUCAUGUCCAGGCUGAUCCUUGGGGAGUACACAGGCCUGUGGGUGAACCUGUCCCUGUUCCCUGUCAUGGCCGGCUUGGCUCUCUGCACAGCCACGGAGAUCAGCUUCAACAUGCUCGGCUUCUCCGCCGCUCUCUCCACCAACAUCAUGGACUGUUUGCAGAACGUGUUCUCCAAAAAACUGCUAAGUGGAGACACAUACAGGUUCAGCCCUCCAGAACUGCAGUUCUAUACCAGUGCAGCAGCAGUCAUCAUGCUUAUACCUGCCUGGGUGUUCCUCUUGGACAUCCCAUUGAUUGGGAAGAGUGGGCGGAGCUUCAUCUGGAGUCAAGACAUUAUCUUGUUGCUGAUUUUCGACGGCACCCUGUUCCACCUGCAGAGUGUCACUGCCUAUGCUCUCAUGGGACGGAUUUCCCCAGUUACCUUCAGUGUUGCCAGUACUGUCAAACACGCCCUGUCUGUUUGGCUGAGCAUCAUUGUGUUCAGUAACCAGAUCACUGUCCUCAGUGCCACUGGUACUGUCCUUGUGUUCAUCGGGGUCUUCUUGUACAACAAGUCCAGGCAGAUCCAGAGGCAAACUUUACAAGCCACGGCUGCUGAGCAGAAUCACAAACCUCUAUUGCAGGACCAGAACUUCCAAGCCUCACAGUCUCAGUGAGGACCCAGCCUUUAAGACUAACAUGCUGCCUGAAAAUGGGAUUAAGGUAUUAACAAUAUUCAGUUUGUCUUACUUUGACUGUACAGACUGGAUGACUUGAUAUUUGUUCUUCACCUUGCCCACAUUCCAGUUAAACAGGACGCAUGUUUUUCCAUGUUCCAUUUAGUGUCACUGUCGUGUCUUAAAGCUUAAAGUAAACUUUGGUGACUGGCUUGGUAAAUGUCUGUGUCUGUUUGACUCAGCCGUCACUAGUCCUGUGGAACGGUAUAUAAAGUAUGGCCCUAACCUUACAUUCUUUAAACAUCCAUGAUCCUUUUAUUUGUCUUAUAUCUGUCAAUAAAAAUGCAAGCUCAGGGCGUCCUUCAGCUUUUUGAAGGAAGUGACUUCUGUAAGCUUUUGCAGUAGCAUUCCAGAGUGUGCUGGUUUAUCUGUCAUCUGUGGUGCAGCAGCUGCUGAAUGUACGCUAUUGUGAAUAUCUGUAAAGCAUGAAAGCUGUAAGAUUGUUUUAUUUUGUGACAGUGUUCACUGUAUCAUACAAUGUAAAUUUUAUCUUGAUUGCAUCUGAAUAUAAGAUGUGAAUAGGGCACCGGUGCCUGAGACGGGAGCCCUUUGGAGGCACAUUUUUAAACAAUGUGUGGAAGCCACAUACUGCAUUCUAGGAAUGCUCAUCCUCUAUCAUGAGCUGCAAGUGUAUGUAGGGGUUUAUGUUUGUGCAUUUUCUUAUUGAUUUACUUUGGUAAUUGAUUCCCCCCCAAUGCAUUCAGGCAAAGGGCCUUAGAGAAUGAAUGGAUCGAUGAGCUUUUGUAUAUUACACGUUUGUAAUCUAAUAAGAAAAAUGACUUUUUGAAAGUUAGGUUUUAUUUUCGUAGCUCAACCCAUCUGUCAGAUGAUCAAACAGGCUUUAAACACACCAAACAAAGUAAACAUAAAAUAAGAAGGCAAACUGUAGAAUGAAUACACAACCUGUGGUAAACAUCCAACAGUUUACAACACUUCCUGGUUCAUCUUUCACCUACAAUUCUUAUCAUAGUUGUUCGCAUGUUGUUUUCUUGCACAAUGAGGAAUUAUUAGCAACAUUACACAUGAGCUCACUCAUGGUUCUUAUGGGAAUGUAUGUGGCAUAGCGGUCUGCUUGUUGCUUUUGUUUCUUGCCCCGUUGGAUUUUUUUUAUCAGUGUCGCCAUGUUCCAAGAUCUCAGGUGAAGUUUUCCUUUAAACAAAAAAGCUUUAUACCACAUGCAUCAAACCCUUGUUCAUUUAUACUUGUAGGAUUAAAUGUAAAAGCUAUGCCUGUGA